AUGACAUCACGUAAAAUAGAAGAUGUUCAUCGGGAGCUACUGAACAAACUGCUGUCAGACUCAGGGCUGGUCUGCUUCAGGUCACCAACUGAGUCACCCGAUACCUUCACCAGUUCAGGAUCUGCCGAGGAGCAGGGUCCACCAGAGGAAGAAGAAGAAACUGUACCAGAGGUGGUCUUGGAAGAAGAACCGAAGGUUGUAAUAGAGGAAGAGUCUUUGGAGUCUUUACCAGAAAUAUUCCCAACGCCAUCCUUGCGAUUCGUGCUGCCCGACAAAGUGAGGAAAAUUGAGAAACAGAAUAGGAUUCACGUUUUACCAAAAGAAUUCAACACCAGCAUAGAUCCUCUCACCAUUCCGAAGAUCAACACCACACCACAACAGAAAUACAUAGAGAUAUUAGCUGAAAUUGUUGGCUGUAAGAGAUAUAAGAGCAGUUUGGCCGAGUUCUGGUUCUUGGAUACCAUGGCUAACUUGCUGAGAAGAGCACAGGAGGACGAGUUGGACAGACCCACCCAAGCAAUCCUAAUGCUAUGGUUCUGCGAGUGGAUGAAAGAAAUGGAGUACUUUGAUGCCGCUGAUAGACAACGAAUGAUGAAGAGGUUUCAGGAUAAUAUGCUAGCAGCAGCCAGGUACAUAGCUGAAACUGGUUAUUUACCCGAUCCGAGUACUUGUGGGGUUCAUUACAAGGCCAUGGAACAACCCGAAAUGGACAGCAUGUCGUCUAAACAGGAAUUGUCGAAGCAAGGAGUGCAUUUUGGGCACGCCAGUUAUGAGUGCUGUCUGAGAGAUCUUACCAAGAUCAUUCAUUAUAUUUUUGAUCUUUUCAGCACAGACUACCAAUACAACCUAGUCCGUUCAGUGUUCACGUUCACACCAGAAUAUGCGUUGUUAGACGCUCCCUACCAAAUGCAGAACCCUAAAAAAAUUUAUGCAGUCGCGAAAGCUAAGCCUGCCAAGAAGGAAAAAUCGCCCAAGAAAGACAAAGCGCCAAAAGUCAAGAAAAAGGACGUUGAAACUGAAGAGUAUUUGGCUUUGAUGGAGUUAAAAGCCAAAGAAGAACGUUUCUUAGAAGAGAAAGAGGAACGUGAACAGGAGGAGUGGAACCGCAAAAGCCACAUUCUACCUCUCACAUUCGCGGCUACGGACGAAUUCUUCAAUAAGUACUGGCCACCACCGCCCCCUGAGCCUGAGCCGGAACCAAGUGUUGAAGUUGCUAAGGGAAAGCCGAAGAAGGGGAAGAAGUGAUGGGGAGGAU